UUGGUGCAGGUGGCUCUGAGUUGGUGCCGACAUUUCCGGCCGUUCUUUUCGCUGUCUGCGACCCUGCAGCCCCGCUGCCCUGCCAGCCUGCUGUGUCUUUGGUCUUAUGAGACGGUGGGCGCCACAGUGCUCAGAGUGCCAGGCCUGGAGUCAGGAAGACCCGAGUUCCAAUCUGGCCUGAGAUGCUGUCUAGCUGUGUGACCCUGGAUGUUCCAUGGAAGAGUUAGAAAGAAGAAGUAGCUCCCAAGACAGGGAAGAAGACAGUGAAAAUGAAUUAAGUGACGAGAAGGAUUCUGUUUUUCUGUGUCUGCACCGAUCACACUUAUGUGCCCUGGAGGCCACCCAGUGCUCCAGAUCCCUCAGGAUAUGCAUCUUGUCCAAGAAUUUUAUUGUAGAUAUGUCUCCACUUCACAGCUGUACAGAAUUAAUUAAAUUGGAUCUCCAUUCAAACCAGAUAAGAAUUGUGCCGGAUAAGAAAUUUUGGGGUGAAAUGAAGAAAUUAAAACUUCUGUAUCUUCAUGAUAAUUCAUUUGUAAAACUAAAAAAUAUGUGUUCAUUAUCCACCUGCCCAAACCUCAUUGCCCUCACUUUGUACGACUGCCCAGUGAGCCUAAAAAAAGGUUAUAGACACGUGAUGGUCAAUAGUAUAUGGUCACUCAAAAUCCUGGACCGGUAUGUGAUUUCUGAUGAAGAAGUAAUUGAGAAUUUCACGCUUCCGGAAAGAUUCAAAGCACUCAACAAACGGCUUUUAUGUGAUAUCACUUCAAAGGUGAUAAAGGAUACAAACUAUGAGAAAGAGUUGUAUCAGAUGAAUUGCACUAUUUCAAAAAUAAACAAAAUUGUUGCCCACAAUUCACCAGUUGUGAUAGUCCAAAGAUGGAUACGUGGACAUUUGACUAGAAGAAUGUGGACAAAACCUCACCUUAAUAUUUUACAAAGGGAACCUGUUAUUAUUCAUGAAAAAAUAGCUAUUAAUAUACAAAAGGAAAAUGAAGGGAAGUGCCCAACAAAGGAAGAUGAGAAGGCAGCCAGAGCAACUGAAGGAGAAAAGCCCACUUUGCCUGGAAGGAAGGCUGAGAUUGUCCCCAAGGGGAAAAAGCUUCCAAAACCAUAUGGAAUAUUUUCAUUGGAACACAAUGCUCUUCUUUCCUGCGCUUUAUCAGAGUUACAGAAAAAAGAGUACCCACGGCAGCCCCGAAAGUUAAAGCGCAGUAAGGUUUCUAAGGUCUCAGAAGAAAGGACUAUAAAUCAAGAAAUCGACCUUAAUGUUAUAAUGCCAGUGAUCAAAGUUCAUAUGUCUCUACCUUCCAUUUUUAAGUAUUCUUCAAAACCUAAAGAGAUAGAAGAAGAACUCUACCACCGUCCAGUUUACCGAUUAUGUCAUUUUUUUGAUGGCCAAUCUAAAUUCAAAAUUAGCCAUCGAUUGGAAAGAGAUAAGAAGAAAGAUGCUACUAGGCCACAUGGCGUUAUUGACUUUUCCCCACUUUAUAGUAUUGAUAGACAGUAUAGAAAGAGGGAAAAGAUGCAAAAUUUCCAAAAUAAAAAACAGUAUGUAGCCAUGAUCCAUUUUGCUGAUGAAAUGGCUAAUGAAAAUUUUCAAGAAUAUAUUCAAGAGAAAAACUACUUUAUUAAAAAAAGGAAUAAAGACCAAAGCAAGAAAAUUGAAGAAAGUUUGCAAAAGUAUCAAGAGACCACAUCAAAACUGAUGGAAAAAUUCCAAGAAAGGAGAAGUUGCUUUCUAGAAGAAGUUAAAUUCAAAGCACAAGAGCGUCUGAUGGUGGAAGAUAUAAGUAAUCAGCUCACCACACUGACAAAGGAGCUGUUUCAGUUUGACAGAUACAAGAGGAAACAAGAUGUUGUGAAGAAGAACAGGAGCAUUGCGAAGGAAAUAAGGGAAACAGAUAAAUAUCACAAGGAAUUAAUUAAAAAAAUGAAGAAAGGGAGGAUCAGAGCGAUACAUAAAAGACAUCUAGAAGAGAAAUUAAUUAUCAAUGCCAUUGCUGCUCAGAAGGCUUCGGAUAGAAUUCAAGAAGCCAGGGACAAAGUGGCUGCCAUGAAGAGUCAUCGUGUUCAUAUGAACAUCCCUUAUGGACCCCCAAGGAAUUCUUUCCUUUCUAGCUCAUUCACAUUCUUGAAGUGAUUUCUAUUUCAUGUCAAAGGGCAUUGGGAGCAUUCUCUGAAGCAAGAGAAUGUCUGCUAUGAUAGAACGGAUCUAUUUUGUUUGCAUUUUAUUGACAUUAAAUUUUUAUUUUAUUUUGUUCUCAAUUACAUUAAAACAAUUUAACAUUCAUUUUUUUCAGAAGUUUAAGUUUUAAGUUUCAUAUUGUCCUCCUCAUUUCUUAAGAAUGUAAGCAAUUUGUUAUAGAUUAUGCGUGUCCUGUCAUCCAAAGCAUUUUCCUAAUAGCAAUGUUGCAAAAGGAAAUGCAGACCUAAGAAAACGAACCCCAAACCCCAAAUGAACAACCCAAGAAGAAUAAAGAAAGUUAAAACAGUAGUCUACUUCUGCCUGUAUUCAGAUGCCAUCAGGUAUUUCUCUGGGGAUGAAUAACUUUGUGUAUCAUAAGUCCUCAGGAUGAGCUUAGAUAAUUGUAUUGCUGAAAACAGCUGUCAUUCACAGAUGUUUGUCAUGAAACAUUGCUGUUCCCUUGUCAAUGUUCUCCGGGUUUGUCUCACUUCGCUUUGCAUCAGUUCACAUAAGUUUUCCCAGGCUUUACUGAAAGCAUUGCUUUUUUGUUCAUAUAGCAAAAGUGUUCCAUCACAAUCAUAUGCCACAACUUGUUCAGCCAUUCCUUCAUUGAAGGGCAUCCCCUCAAUUUCCAAUUCACUGCCAUCAACAACAACAGCAACAAAAGCUGCUAUCAAUACUUUGUAUAUCUAGGCCCUUUUCCUUUUCCUUUGAUCUCUUAGACCUAGUAGUGGAAUUACUGGAUCAAAAAGUACACACAGUUGAAUAACCCUUUGGGCCUAAUUCCAAAUUGUUCUCCAGAGUGGUUGGGCUAGUUAACAGCUCCAACAGUGCAGUAGGGUCAUAAUUUUUCCUUCGUUCUGGAACAGAACCAAGAUGACAUCACGAUGCUAGAGUCGAGUUUCAUUGUGUCCAACUGAUGAUGCUAGUAAACGCCCAGAACGCUCUACCUCAGGUUGGGCACAAAUAGCCCUUGAGGACUAUUGGGGUGGUUUCUCUAAAUUUGUGCGUUCUGUUGUUCUUUUGAGCUAUUUCAAUUCUGCUUUGCUCGUAGAGGACAGCACCUUCUCUGAUAUGGGCAUGCCAUGCUAAGCGGUCCUGUGCCAACGUCGCCCGUGUCAGACGAUUAAUUCCAAAGUUAUUCAGAGAAACCUUGAGAGCGUCCUUGUAUUGCUUCUUCUGACUACCAUGUGAGUGUUUGCCCUACGUGAGUUCUCCAUAAAAUAGACUUUUUGGCAAGCCUAGCUUUAGCAUUCAAACAAUGUGGCCAGCCCAUCAGCUUUACGCUCUCUGAAGCAGAGUUAGAAUGCUUGGCGCUUUAGUUUGAGAACUAUUUAUAUAUAUUUA